UUCUAAAUCUCGAGCCCUAAUCUGUGCUGGCGAUUGCUUUGGAAGCUGCAAUGAGCAAUCCAGGUGCUUAUGUUACCUCCACACACAGUGAAGUGGACAGUGAAGGAGUCCGACACACGGGUGGUGAUACCAUUGAAAAUAGACUCACUAUAAAGGAGUUUGCUGAAAUCCAGAAUCUUUUUAAGUCUCCAGCGUUAAACCAGCCAGAAUGCAUGAACAGAGAAGAAUUCAUGGACAGAACAUAUACAGCCCUGGGCCAUGGCAAUAAAGAGGAAUACGGAGAAUUAUUUGAUAAGAUAGAUGUGAGUCGUGAAGGUUUCAUUGAUUGGGACAAAUUAACAUCUUUCAUGUUGCUUGAGCUUUAUGAGAAAGAUGAACGAGUCAAAUCAUCAGUAAUCCCUGAGUGGAAAGAUAUUCGCUGUCUCCCAUUAAUUCACAAGGAAAACAUCCAAAAAGUCGUUUAUUUGAAAGGUUCCUGUCGUUAUGUUACUCUAAGCAAAGACGGAUUACUGGGAGUCUGGGGAGAAAAUUUGAAACUGCAAAGAAGCCUGCGGAUCUCCACUGAUACAGUCAAGCUCAAAGAUUUAUGGGCUACAAGCUUGGUGUUUCUGGCCAAUGUAAACAAGAUUGCUGUUGCUUUUACCAGUAAGGAGAUUUGUUUCUAUGAUCUCAACUCCAAGCAAGAUAUGUUUUGUCAAUAUAAACUCCAAGGCUUACAGGGCGCCCCGAUAUGUAUGGACUACUGGCAUAAUCCUGAUGACGGUAAUGAAGCUGUUCUCACAUUUGGAGACGUCACUGGGCAGGUUCAAGCAAUCUGCUUUACAACAGCUAUGAUAUCUCUAUUUGAACGACCUGCUAAUUCUACAGAGGACCAGCAAACAACCUUGUACAUUACCUGGAGUGAACUUGUGUCUGGUUACCACAAGUGUUGCUACAUUUUAAAGCACAAGCUCCAUGAUAAUCAUUGGGUCCGACAAGUGAGUUACAACUCUCAUUUAGAAGCUUUUCUGUCGUGUUCUACAAGUGAUAAUAAUACUGUGAUACUGGCCUGGCGAGAAAAAGGGAAGACUCUCUUGAAGACAACGUCUCUGAACAUCGCCAAUGGAAUAAAUGGCUUUGACUAUCAUUCCGGAUUAAACAUUAUUGCGACUGCUGGAAUAGACCAUAAGGUUUGUCUCUGGAAUCCAUAUGUUGUAUCUAAACCCACCGGUGUUCUACAAGGUAACAUGGCCAGCGUGAUCAGUGUCAAGUUCUUUGACAGUCGGAAACAGCUCUGCAGUUUUUCAAAAGAUAAGGUGUUGAGAAUUUGGGAUGUUCAUCAUCAAGUUUGCAUCCAACGAAUAGCCGGGAUUUUCCCUAAAACACUGGACUUCCAAUUCACCCUCUACUUCUAUGAACCACAUGGGCAUCUCUUUGUGUCAUUCAACAAUCAACUGGCAGUUAUGGAAAUGAAAAAAGAAUCUAGUAAAAAAGUUACAAGCCACAAAAAGCCAAUAACCUGCGUGCUUUACAACUCGACCUUUAAGCAGGUAAUCAGCUCUGAUACAGGAUCAACAGUUACUUUCUGGAUGAUAGACACUGGGCAGAAAAUCAAACAGUUCUCAGGCUGUCAUGGCAAUGCGGAGAUUAGCACAAUGGCACUGAAUGCAAGUGAAACCAGGCUGUUAACAGGAAGCACAGAUGGAACAGUCAAAGUUUGGGAUCUCAACGGCCAUUGCCACCACAAACUAAAUGCUGGAAGAGACCAGGCGGUUGAAAUCUCCCAAAUUCUAGUGCUAAAGAGAACCAUAUUAGUUGUGGGAUGGGAAAGGAUUAUUACAGUGUUCCGAAUGAACACCUUAAACCAAUACCUUGUCCAGCCUUCAGAGUGGAAAGGAGGGAUGCAACAUCAAGAAGACAUCUUAUGUGCAGCUUUUUUACCCCCACAAAGUCUUGUGACAGGAAGUUAUGAUGGGGAAAUAGUGGUUUGGAAUAACAAUACAGAAAAUGCUUCUCGGAAACUUCACCCAGACCCUGGUAGAGCACCGAGAUCAAAGUCAGAUUCUCAGAUACAAAGUGCUGGAAAAAGACUCCUCUCCUUGUCUUCGGGAAGACACACACGCUCCAUGAGUAACUUCAACGACACAGACUCUGACAGCAAUAACACAGUAACUAGAUUGUUCUUUCUUGAGGCAAGAAAAAAUAUUUCGGCAACAGGUGGAGCAAACUUGGUGUCUUGUGGAGGACUGGGAUGCGUUCGAUUCUGGAACAUAUUUAGAAACCAGUUAAUGGCGGAAUUUGUAGCUCAUGAAGGAGCCAGCUUCAUCAUUAUGACUAUUGAUAAAACGAAUCGGUACACUAUUACUGGGGAUCACGAUGGCUGGGUUAAAGUAUGGGAUAUACAGGAAUACUGUAUCGAUUACAGCGAAACCAAUUGCACGGAGCCGGCUCCAUUAGUAGCAUCUUUCCAGCCUCACAGCGACUGCAUCACACAUCUGGAGACGUGUGCGCACAGUACAUGCCUGCUGGUGAUCUCUGCUUCUGCAGACUGCAGUAUAUGUGUCAGUGAUAUCUGUGGUACUGCCAUUGGAAUAUUCGGCCAGGAGGAGCACUGGAGGAUUGAGAGUUAUCUGCCAGUACCUGUGAUGGAUAAUACUAUUUUUGAAAAUCCAGAGGAGAAUGUAACAGGAACUAAAGACUUGCAGGCAGACAUUUCAGAUCUUCAUCCAUCAUUAUAUCCUGAUACACAACCGACAGAUCUGAUCAUGGAAGAUGGAGAAGACUUACUGUUUAAGGUUAGUCCAUGGGAAAAUACAAUUUUAGGCAGAAAAUACAAAGAAAAUGGAACAAAAGAAAAGCUGCAUUCUAACUUCAGGGACGAUUUAACUCAAAACUCAAUUGGAACAUUCAGUCUGUUGAAUAUUGGACCCCUUAAGGAUAUUGGUGAAGUGAAGAAACCAGAUUUUGUUGUAAACCCUGACAAAUAUUUUGGAGAAAAAACAGAAGAGAAAAGCCGUGCAUUAAUACUUCCUACCCACUCACAAACUGUAGCUCUGAAAGCUGUGUUUGAUGAAGGAAGCCUCUUCCCAAGAGAAAUUUUAGAACGUGAACAAACAGCAAAGCAACUGAAAGAGAAAAUGCACCAUGAAUCGAAGAUAAAGAGAACCAACAGAACAGCGCGGCCAAAGGAAAAAUAAAUUGUUGUUAUUAGGGAGAACAUUUUACCCCUAAAACUGUAUUUAUUGCGAAAAUAUUAAUGUUUACUGAUAGAGCAAUAAUUCCUUACAAAUAAAUGUCUUCAUAAA